AUGUCGAAUGAUCUUUAUGCUGUGGCUGAUUUUUGUCUGAUUCCGAUGGGAACUGGGGAGCCAUCGGUCGCGGAAUAUAUCGCGGAAUGCCAGCUCGUCCUUCAGAAGUCAGGGUUGACAUACCAGACAGCAUUCGUCAGUGGCUAUGGAACGAAUAUAGAAGGCUCCUGGUCCGAAGUAAUGAAGGCUAUCCACGAUUGCCAUGAGGCAGUCCACACUCGAGGUGCCCCACGAAUCGCGACUGACAUUCGCAUUGGUACACGAACAGACCGUACAAUAGCUCCAGGUACGGGAAACGAAAGCAAGGUGACGCGGGUCGAGCAGAUACUUGGUGGUGUUGCACGAGAGUGA